UGUCCACGCCGAGCCGAAGGUAGUGCGCAGGUGUCCGGCCGUGCCGAGCCGACCGAGCGCAAAACGGGUUGCUGAACGUCACUUCUCUCCAGUUUUGUGUGGGGUUUUAAGUGGACGCUGCGCCAGGGAAUGAGCAGGACCAUGGGGCCGAUCGGUGGUCCGCGUUUGUUUUCGUGGCUGGUCGUCGCGUCUUACCUUCAGUCCAGUGUCCAGCUGACGCAGGCCACGUACUUUUGUACGGCGUACCUGAACGUCUCUUUCGUCGCGCCUGAAACUAACCAGACAGUCUGGCGGCAGGAGGAAAUUGGCCUGUACGGACAGGAAUCCCCAAAGGUUCCCGUAGUCGGAAAUGUCUAUUUGCCUGCUCCGAUCUACGGCUGCGAUAGCGACGCUCAUUACGACCGACCAAAGGACUCUAAAGGCUGGAUCGCGUUAAUCCAGCGCGGACAGGGCUGCACUUUCACCGAGAAAAUUAACGUUGCGGCCAGUCAAGGAGCCAUUGCCGCUGUAAUCUUCAACGACUUUGGGACCGACAAUCGUGUCAUUCAGAUGUCUCAUCCAGGCACCAGCAUCGUCGCUGUGAUGAUUGGGAACACCCAUGGGAUGGAGCUGGUAGAAUUGCUACAGUCGAACGUGGCUGUAACCAUAGCGAUAGAGGUGGGACAACAGCAUAGCCCGUGGAUCAGCCCCUACUCUGUCUUCUUCGUCUCCAUAUCCUUCUUCAUCAUCACCGCGGCAACUGUUGGUUACUUCAUCUUCUACUCCGCUCAGAGACUCAAUAGUGUCCGAGUACAAAACCGUAAACAGAAACAGUUGAAAGCCGAAGCAAAGAAGGCUAUUGGUCAACUUAAGGUCCUCACACUUAAACAAGGAGAUAAGGAGACCGGACCAGAUGCGGAUUCGUGUGCGGUGUGUAUCGAGCCAUACUCAGUUGGAGAUGUGCUCUCUGUCCUCACAUGCAGCCAUUUCUUCCAUAAGGCAUGUGUUGAGCCAUGGCUGUUGGAGCACAGGACCUGUCCAAUGUGCAAAUGUGAUGUUCUAAAAGCCCUGGGAGUAGAGUUGGAGGAUGAAGAGCAGCAGGUUCCUUUACCCUCUGAUGUCCAGUCCUUUCCCAUCAUCCAAAACGACUCGCAGACACACAUUGACAGCACGUCCCACCCACACAGCGACGGCGCGUCUCACACGCACGGCGAAGUGGCUUCUUCUGGCUACGAGUCCAUGCAAGUGACUGAGCAACAGGGCACUCUCGCGGACGCACACAGUGAUUGCGAUGGCUGUGAUUGGUAUGCAGGACAGGAGGCGGUGCGUGUGGAGGUGCAGCCUCAUUAUGAUAACCUUGCCUUCGAGCAUGAAGCUCACAGCUAGAAGAGGAGAGCAGGACAACACCAGGACAAGAGGAGAGCAGCACGCACAGUCUGCACCCUCCCCUCUCUCUCUCUCUCUCUCUCUCUCUCUCACUCUCACUCUCACUCUCACUCUCACACACACACACACACACACACACACACACACACACACACACACAUCACCAUAUACUACUAUGCAGAACUCAGUAAGCACACACACAGGGUAUAAAUGGUUCAUGGAAGCCCUCGACACACCUAUGCAUUUAAAUCAGCUUCUCUCUUUCUUCUUUUCCUGCUUUCUCUUUCCCUCUUUCACUCAUUCUUUUCAUUUUAUAUAUUUUUUUCUUUAGAAAUGUGCUUGUUAAUCCCUGCUAUGUGGCUCAUUUUGGGGAUAGUAAAUUCUAUGGUAAAAACUAAUUUUGGGCCUUAAAGGCCACUGUAGGGCUCCCUGCAUCAUAUGACCAAUCAUAUGACCUUGUGAAGUCACAGCAAUGACAGCUGGUCAGCUGCCAAAUGAGGGAUCUGUGAGUGAGAGGGGGCAGGGAAGACCUAAGCAGGCAUGUGCACACAAUUCAACAGCUCCCCCUGCUGGACAUGUGUGGUUUUAUCCUCUCCUGUAUCCCCGUUCUGCAUGUCUCUUGGCAAACACACAGAGCUCUAUUUUUAAACUUUGUAUUCUCACUUUAGAGCUUUUACUAAAUUUAAGAAAACUUGUGCCUUUCGUGUAUAUUUGUGGGUGGGCGUGCAUGCAUGCGUGCGUGCAUGCUUACCUGUGUGCAUGUGUGUGUGGGUGGGACCUUCACUAUGUGCCUUAAUGAGGUCUGAUGAACUCUAAGCUACUGAUCUGAAUGUUUAAAUAAGGGAUAAACAUUUAACAUAGUUAAAUUAUACUGUUAUACUGAUAGGAAAAGUAUAAUAUGUAAAUAAACUCCUUUUAUGAA